AUGUCUUCAUCAUCAGCAUCACGAAAAAAGGGCAACGACGAAGAAAAGCUCACCCGUAUUGCCAUCGUCAAUGAAGACCGAUGCAAACCCAAAAAGUGUGCUCAGGAAUGUAAAAAAUCAUGUCCUGUGGUCCGUGUUGGUAAAUUAUGUAUUGAAGUAAAGCCAACCGAUAAAAUUGCCUUCAUCUCUGAAGAGCUUUGUGUGGGUUGUGGUAUUUGCGUUAAGAGAUGUCCCUUUGAAGCCAUUCAAAUCAUCAACUUGCCAAAGAAUUUGGAAAAGGAAACCACACACAGAUACGGCCCAAACUCGUUCAAACUCCACAGAUUACCUUUGCCUCGUCCUGGUCAAGUACUCGGAUUGGUCGGUACAAACGGUAUUGGUAAAUCAACAGCUUUGAAGAUUUUGGCUGGUAAGGAGAAGCCAAAUUUGGGACAAUUUGCUCGUCCUCCAGAAUGGAGUGAAAUUCUAGCAUAUUUCCGUGGAAGCGAGUUGCAGGCAUACUUUACAAGACUUUUGGAAGAUAACUUGAAGACUACAAUGAAGCCACAAUAUGUCGAUCAAAUUCCACGUGCUGCCAAGGGUAAAGUCUUGCAAAUUCUCAAGAGUAAGGACGAGAGAGAAGUGUUGGAGGAACAAAUCGAAAAACUUGAUUUGAAGAGCGUGUUAGACAGAGACAUUGGUGACUUGUCAGGAGGUGAAUUGCAACGUUUUGCAAUUUCUAUUGUUUGUGUUCGUAAAGCUGAUGUCUACAUGUUCGAUGAGCCUUCCUCAUAUUUGGAUAUUAAGCAAAGAUUACAAGCUGCCCAAGUCAUUAGAGAGCUUGUCACUCAUGACAAUUACGUCAUUGUUGUUGAGCACGAUUUGAGUAUUUUGGAUUAUUUGAGCGACUUUAUUUGUUGUUUGUAUGGUGUUCCUGGUGCUUACGGAGUUGUCACCAUGCCUUUCUCUGUCAGAGAAGGUAUUAACAUUUUCUUGGCUGGUUUCGUCCCAACUGAGAACUUGCGUUUCCGUGAUGAUGCUUUGAACUUUAAAGCAAGUGAAAACGUUGAUGAAAUUGAAGAAUCUGCAUCCAGAAAGACGUACUCUUAUCCAAGUAUGAAAAAGACUUUUGGAAAUGCUUUCGAGUUGAAUGUUAUUGCUGGUUCAUUUGCUGCCUCUGAAAUUGUUGUUUUGCUCGGAGAGAACGGUACAGGUAAAACAACCUUCAUUAAAAUGUUGGCUGGUAAGGAGAAGCCAGACGAUGAGUCUGUUGACAUUCCAGAAUUGAGUGUUUCAUUCAAGCCUCAAACCAUCGCUCCCAAGUUCACAGGCUCUGUCAAAGACUUGUUGCUUACCAAGAUUAGAGAAGCUUUCAUGCAUACACAAUUCCAAGCUGAUGUUGUCAAGCAAAUGAGCAUCAACCACUUGAUGGAUCAAAAAGUUCAAUACUUGUCUGGUGGUGAGUUGCAAAGAGUUGCCUUGGUGUUGGCUUUGGGUACUCCUGCUGAUGUGUACUUGAUUGACGAGCCUAGCGCCUAUUUGGACUCUGAACAACGUCUCCAUGCUGCCAAGGUCAUUAAGAGAUUUAUUCUUCACACUAAGAAGACUGCAUUCGUUGUCGAACAUGACUUUAUUAUGGCCACCUACCUUGCUGAUAGAGUUAUUGUUUAUGAGGGUGUUCCUUCUGUUAAGGCUCUCGCCAACACUCCACAACCAUUACUUUCUGGUAUGAACAAGUUCUUAAAGUCUCUCAACAUUACCUUCCGUCGUGAUCCAACCAAUUAUCGUCCACGUAUCAACAAAUUGAAUUCCAUGAAGGAUAAGGAACAAAAAGAACAAGGAAAUUACUUUUAUCUCGACACUGAUGAAGACGAAGAGGAAGAAAAGAGUUCAAGCAAGAGUAGAGGAAAGAAGAAGUAA